AUGACGACGCGGAUCACGCCGGGGGUGGGCGCGAACCUCAUCGGGCAGCACGCGCAGGAGCGCAACCAAGACGCCACCGCCUAUGUCGGCAACCUCGACCCGCAGAUGUCGGAGGAGCUCAUCUGGGAGCUCUUCGUGCAGGCGGGGCCUGUCGUGAACGUGUACGUGCCCAAGGAUCGCGUGACAGGCCAGCACCAGGGCUACGGCUUUGUGGAGUUCCGCUCAGAAGAGGAUGCUGACUAUGCAGUGAAGGUGCUGAACAUGGUGAAGGUGUUUGGGCGCCCCAUGCGGGUGAACAAGGCCAGCCAGGACCGCCGCACUGUGGACGUCGGUGCCAACCUCUUCAUCGGCAACCUUGACCCCGACGUGGAUGAGAAGGUGUUAUACGACACCUUCAGCGCUUUCGGUGUCAUCGUCACCAACCCCAAGAUCAUGAGGGAUACGGAGAGUGGCAACUCCAAGGGCUUUGGGUUCAUCAGCUACGAUUCAUUUGAGGCGUCUGAUGCUGCCAUUGAGGUACCAGUCUCUCGCAUGCUGCCAUUGAGGUACCAGUCUCUCGCAUGCUGCCAUUGA